GACAGUCGACGCUGCCGUUCGUUCGUCCAUACGCAUCAAAACAAACUGAAUAAACAUAGGAUAUACAUUGCCCAAUCGCUCAGUUUUCACUGGCAUUCGCAUCCAUUCAUUAUAUUUUAAUUAAAAACAAGGAAAAAAGAAAAUAAAACGAACGACCGAUGAUUUAGCGAACGAAUCAAUGACGAAAACAAGAGGAGAAGCCUGAAUAAUUCAUUGAUUGGACUUUGAAUUGCUCAUUUUCAUCAAGUUGAGAGAGAACUUGAGGGUAAAGACGAGGGAUUGACUGUGCAGUGAUGGACACUCGUUUUAUCCGCAAUCAGUGACGGAUCGGCUGAACAAAUUGGCGAGAGGAGUUGUCGAGUGAAUCUUAAAUGAGAGAAAUUUGUGGUCAAUCGGGAAAGUUUAAUGCUACAAAUUGCGGGGACAAUGUCCAUUUUCAAAUGCAAUCGGCGCUGUUAUCUUGAGUCAAUGCUAAUUCAUUGUUGACGCACUGCAAUUGGUGACUCGAGGUAUUACGUGGAGAUAAGAGGAUUGGCGGGGGAAUUUGUAACAGGGCAAUUUACAAUUUUGCACGUUUAAUGUGUGGAAAAUAUUGGGGAGUGCUUGUUGGGAGGCUUGAAUUAAUUCGUACAGCUAUCAGCGACUAUAAAAUUGAUUGGGAUCUGAUCGUUAUUGAAAAUUGAUGCUUGGCCGAGGGGAGAUCGAUUUAAUGUAUUCGGUGUAAAUAAACUGGUGGGGAGAGUUGAGUGGAUGUGAAGUAAAAAACUGACUACAUCAUCGGCAAUUAUCUCGGGGACAUUCUGCCAAUUUUUUUUAUUUAUUUUUAAUUGUGAAAUACGUGGGAAAGGAUGGAGAUUGUUGGGUGUUGCGGCAUCGGGAGGAAUUGAUAUUGGCGGUGAGUGAAUACGGGAAGCCAAGGACUGUCUGGAAUGCCGUGGAUAAGGUGCCUGGGCGGCGGGGGUGGCAAGGCACGCCGUGGAAAAUCGCCAAGUGUCAGUCAACCCGUUCAUCUCCUUGUUAAGAGUGAUUUUGAGCCACAAUGCCACAUAUUUCGGACAAAACAGCUUCGAAAACCGCGGCCAUGCCACCUCUGUCACCAGGCGAUGAUAAAGCAGGCCUCCUGCUGUCGAGUCUGCAAAUACCUCUGCCACAAGACGUGCGAAGACAAGGGUGCAAGAUUUCGAGAUACGUCACAGCAAAUUCAUAAACAGUGGCAAGCGGAUCCGGCGAGGGCGUUUCCGUCUGUUGGCAAUGCCAUCAGUUCACCGGUUAGUCUGAGUGGAGGGGAUACCUCUUCGCCGAAUACGACACCCAGUCCGAGCCCCAGUAUCACCAGCAGUGCACAAAUCACACACAAUGGAAGCUACGAUCACCCUCGCGUCACACCGAAACCCGUCGUCAAACAUGUGGUGCACAAAGUAUCUUCAUCGUCAUCUAGAACACCGGGUGUUGGGGCUGAUGCAAGCAUCACGACAACCGGCAAAGCGGGUAGAGUCAGUGAGGUCAUGGAAUUGUGCUACGUUACUGAACGAAUUAUUGCCCUGUGGUACAGAGAUGAUAGCCAGGGUGUCCUCGAACACGCGACCAAUUUGCUUCGGGGUAAACACGCUGAUAAUUACAUGAUAUUUAAUCUGUCGACCCCGGGACGUCACGAAUCUAAUACGAGAGAAUGCGGUUGGCCCCAGGGUUUAGCACCAAGCCUGGAGAGACUGUGUGCUCUCUGCAAGGAGCUGGAUUCUUGGUUGAACGAAGCGCCUAAUCGUGUCGUUGUGCUUCACGCCAGGGGUGGAAAGGAGCGGCUGGGCGUUGCCGUGUCAGCGUACAUGAACUACAGCAGCAUAUGUGGGGGACGUGAUCAGGCACUCGAUAGGUACGCAAUGCGGAGGUUCCUGGAUGACAAGAUCGGCGCCCUCAGGGUACCUUCACAUCGCAGAUAUAUCGAGUACUUCAGUGGUCUUUUAUCGGGAUCGUUGAGAAUUAAUCCGUCGCCACUGUAUCUGACUCACGUCACUGUACUUGGUGUACCACUGUUUGAACCGACUGGUUGUCGGGCCUUUCUCAAAGUCUAUGAGGGCUUUACACCGGUUUACACGUCUGAUCUUUACUCGGUGACCAAUGCCAGAGAGUUUACCGUCAAUCUUGGUGGGUUGAGGUUGCGGGGUGAUAUUCUUGUCAAGUGUUAUCACAGGGUUUACUCGAAACAGAGCAGAGAAGCCAUGUUUUCAUUGCAGUUCCACACGUGUGUAAUAACAGAAAACGUGGUCAGUUUUCCUCGAUCCGAGCUCGACAUUGCAUGCGACGAUCCACGAUGUCCAUCAGACAGUGUCGUGACGUUGUACUUCUCGAGCGAUGCUAAACGUCUAGAUGGUCCAGUACCAGCACCCACACCCGCUGUGCCUCAUGCAUCGGCACAUCACGAUCCCAUUCUUCACUGGGACAGCUACAGCAAUCUCGAGAUCAGCGACGAUGAAGGAAGAGAUACACCACUAUCUCCACCUCCACCAUCGAGCUCAUCGGUGCAAACCUCACCCAGGGGAUUGGGCUACACCUGUGGACCCAUUGAUGGCUCCCUUUACGCUGUUGUUCAUCAGGGCGCAGGCGGUGCUGCUCGCGGUUCACCGCUGACAGUUUCCAUGGACAGUGGUAUCAGCAGUGCACCACCACAGCGACCCAGUCCCCCGGAGGCAGAGCCCGAUAGCCCGCACAGUGAUCUCGACAAACUCCUCCACGAUAUGAUGAUGACAGUUGAGUCGAUGCCAGACCCACCGACUGAUUACAAUAGAUCGAACAAUCGCGGCGAAAAAAUGUACAUUCACGAGACACGAAGCUACAGCAGCAAUCCGACAUCAACGUACUCGACUCUGAAGGAUUCGUGCAGAAGUUACGGUGGAACGAGGGAAUCCUCGCCGCCUUACGCUUCGUCGAGUAACUAUGGAACCCUCAAGAAUGAGUCGAGAAGCAGCAAUCACGAGGAUGCGUCGAAGAAGUCAUUCUCACCUGGGGGUAAUAUUGACUUCAUCGAUGAGGACAUUCCGUACCACGCGAGACAGACGAGCCAGCCGUUCAGUUAUGGCGCGACGACGGAUAUGAUCAAGCACCAGAAGCUCUCAUCCCCUUCACUGGUCAGGAAGGCGGUUAUGAGGGGGACAGCGCCGAUUGUUGACUUGGAUGAGGUCCUUGGGGAGAGCACAGGGGGAAGCAAUGGCCCCAUGGGGUCAACUGCACCUGAACCACCACCGGAAUUUGCUAAUGGGGCCAAGUCCAAUGCUGAUCACGUUGAUGGGCUCUCGUGGCUGAGACAACAGCAGCUAAAGCUCGCUGCACGAAGAGACGAGCGUAGUCCGGGGAAAAUAUGGCGCCAAGAAACUGGUAAUCGUGUUAUCGGUGAACUCAGGAGCCUCCAGAGAAACCGUGUCAGGCAGGACGGUUACGCCAGUGAUUCAGCUGUACUGGAUGAUGACGAUGAUAUAUGGAUACCGAGUUCUGUUGCAUCACAGACAACGAGAGCUGCACCUCACACAUCAGCUCCAGCAAGUCCCCUUUUACCCCAACGCUCCAGCAGUCGUAAAUUCAAUGGAUCAAUGAAUGGUCCACUGCGACCAAGGGCCGAGAGUGUAAACGAACGGCCAUUCGUUUCCGUCAAAAGAGCUUACGAGUUCCGGAAAUACAGCGACAGUCAGAGUCCUCCACCGUCCCCGCACGCGUCACCACCGCUACUAGCUGCUCUUGCCCUUCAGCCACAAACACUAGGUGAGAAGCACCAGCCACCGAGGCCAGAGUCCAGAAGCGACAGCUUCGGAAGGGCCGAGAUGCUCAUGAGAGAGCAUCGUUUCAAUGGAUUCACGAAUUCAUUGAACGGUCUUUCUGAUAAUAACAAUAAAACCCUCGUUAACAAUAACGCAUAUUCACGGAGCAAUCGGGUAACAUAUGCCGAUAAAGUGUACGAAUUUGAUGGAAUUGAUAAGGAUAAUCGGGAUGUCGUGGACUUGGGGUUGCUGGCUGUUGUUGAUAAAUCUAAGGAUCAGGAUUGUGAUCCACUUGCCAGUCUCAUUGAGUCACUCGCGGAUUUGUCACAUGUGCGGGUGGCAACGAUUAACAAGGAUAAUCAGCUUAAUGUGAAUCAUCAUGGUAGGAAUUUAUCAUCUAGCAACAACAACGAUGUCAUCAACACUGACACUAACAGUACCCCUAAUCAGUCACCAAAAGCAUGGCAGUUUAGUGUACAGUCCCAACACGACUCCCCGACGUCGUGGACAGACAGGAGCGUCAGUCCCGCCAGUGCUGGGGUAGGCAAUGCCUCCAGGCCCCAGACCCCAGCAUUUCCGGUUCAUCCACGCACCCCCUACGUCAACAAUUCAUCGCCAACAGUGACAUUCGCCGCUGAUCGCACCUACGUAUCAACGAACAACUUCAACGAGUCAACGAACUACUCAGUGCAUAAUAACAAUGUACAUAAUUUUGAGAAUGGGAAUAACAACAUCAUUAAUAAUCGGGAUUACACUGGGGAUCGAGCUGUUUAUAUCGAGGAGAGACGAGAUGUCAGGGAGACGGGACUCCCUCCCAAGAGUCCGACAACACAGCGACGUUUGAGUUUUCCGGCAAGCGGUUCGCUUAAACAAUCUCAUAACAAACGAUGGCCACUCACUAAUCAAUCGGCGUCGUUCGACUAUAGCAAGGACCGGCCCGUCUCGCCGACGAACGAAAUAAUAACUCAUACGAUCACUCGAAGCCCUGGAACACCGAAUCACGUCGAAUUCGCCCAAAGUCCAAAGAGUGCCACUUCCUACACAUCGAUUAACAGUGGAGGCCACUCCUCCCCACAUAUUCAGCAGUACGGCUCGAGAAGAUCGAGCAUUCAUUCGAAUACGGAGCCACAGGAAGUGGCUGAUGUCAAUGUCAAAUUUGUUCGUGAUACCAGUAAAAUAUGGUAUAAGCCUAAUAUCACUAGGGAGCAAGCAAUAGCAAUGCUGAAGGAUGCAGCCCCAGGAACCUUCGUCGUCCGCGACUCGAACUCCUUCCCAGGGGCAUUCGGCCUAGCCCUGAAAGUGGCGACUCCACCUCCAGGUGCCCCUAGCAGUCCAAAGGACCCAUCGAGUGAGCUCGUGAGACACUUUUUGAUCGAGCCAACAUCGAGAGGAGUGAGACUGAAAGGAUGUGCCAACGAACCAGUCUUCAGUUCUCUAUCAGCACUCGUUUAUCAGCACAGUCUCAUGGCAAUGGCUCUGCCCUGUCAAUUGCUAUUACCCGAGGCUGAUGCAGCUGCUAGAGCACUCGAUUCACCUGGGACGAGCAGUACGCAACAGCUUUUAGCCCAGGGUGCAGCUUGCAACGUUCUUUAUCUCUUCACAAUUGAUACUGAAUCCCUGACGGGUCCCCAAGCCGUCAGAAAAGCAGUAACAACUUUGUUUGACCAGAAACCCCUGCCAUCAGCGACAAUCGUCCACUUCAAAGUCUCCACUCAAGGGAUUACACUGACCGACAACGCUCGAAAGCUCUUCUUCCGUCGACAUUAUCCCACGAAUAACAUCAGCUACUGUGGCCUCGAUGCUGACGAACGUACCUGGGAGUUCAUCAGUGAGGACACGGGCAAAGCACUCAGUGCACAUCGUUGUUUUGGUUUCGUGGCGAGAAAACCAGCCCACAAGACCGACAAUCAGUGUCACGUGUUCGCUGAACUGGAGCCAGGCCAGCCAGCAACAGCAAUCGUCAACUUUGUCAACAAAGUAAUGAUGGGGAGUUCAGUGAUCAAAGCCAACAUCGUUUAACCCGACUGAUGCUUCCAAUUGAUUCACCAUCAUCAGCGUAAGAGCAGUCAUUAGAGACGAAAAAGAAAGUAAUUGAUCAUCAAUUGAUAAAGAAAAAAGAAACCUCUGAAAAACAAAAUCAACUGCACCUGUUAACCCUAACUAUAUCGAAUUAGUUCGAAACGUUACUGCGAGUUCAAAAUCAAACUGAGCUACCGACUAGCUCCGACCGUUCUAGCCCUAGUUUUUCAAAGAAUAAAUUAAUGCAUGUUGCAUGAUUGUUAAAAACCAAUCGUAUAUGGAGAUAACGAACAUUAUAACGUGUGUCACAUUCGCGAGAGAUACUUCGUCGUAUUCUACACUAAAUAGAUGUACGAAAAACAAUUGUUAAUAACUGUAAAUAACAACUAAGGCCUUAGAAACGAAAAGAGAGUUUAUGAGAGUUAAGAGAAUAGAGAUAGAAGAAACCAUUAAUAAUGAAAAGGUGUUGAUUAACAGAAUGUGGGCGGAAAGAAGCGAUGAUAACCUUGAUAAGUGAUGAUGAUCAAUGGAUUUCCAAUGUAUCAUUUGAUGGGUUGGGUCACGAGAGUUUUAAAUUCAGUAUCGCUGCAGGGAGAAAAAAAUCACACGAAAAAUUACGGUACAAUCUGGGCAGUUUUGGGGAAAAUUGGAUUUCUGGAAGGCAGGGAAUAAAUUUUCCUCU